ACUUCAUAAUAAAAGCACGAGAAAAAUGUAAAUUUUGUUAAGUCAAAUAUUUAAAAAUUAUUAUAAAUAUUAGAAAAAUUUUAAACAACUCCAAAAAACCAAAAAUUUCUAGUAAUGAGUGGAAAAGUCGGACUCCUUUCACGCCUAUACAAUGGCAUAAUUGGGACAGCUGACAAAUUUGUACCAAGCCCUAUGCGUCCUUUGUGGGAGCAUCCAGCAGGUCCAAAAACGAUAUUCUUCUGGGCACCAUUAGGCAAAUGGGCACUCGUUAUAGCUGGCCUUGGUGAUAUAAAUCGUCCAGUGCAUUUAUUGUCGAUUAAUCAAUGCGCGGUCUUAGCCACAACUGGUUUAAUUUGGUCUCGAUACUCAUUGGUUAUUAUUCCCAAAAAUUGGUCACUUUUUUCGGUAAAUGUUUUUGUCGCACUCACCCAAAUGUAUCAAAUAGCACGCGCAGUACAAUACCAACAGAGCUUAAAAAAUAAAUCUGAUUAAAAGGUUUUGCUAAACGUGCGAAUUUA